AAUAGUGACAGCCGUGGUGACAUCAGUGAUAAUAGUGACAGUCACACCGCUAGUAGCAAUAAAAGAGAUGCGCGAAAACGAGGUUGUGUGACGUCAGAGGCAGCAGUGUCAGCGCUGGAGCCCGGGCCCCGGCACCUCUCAUCACUGCUCCGGUUUACAGCAGCUCUUUCCGAUAAUCCAUGAUGGCUUCUUCGUCCUCAUCUAACAUAGAAGAUGAAAGUUUAAAAGGCUGUGAAAUCUACGUGCAAAAGUUCAACAUCCAACAAAUCUUGAAGGAAUGUAUUGUAAACCUGUGUAUUGCGAAACCCGACCGCCCCAUGAAGUUCCUCAGAGAACAUUUUGAGAAACUGGAGAAGGAAGAAUGCAAACAGAUUUUGGCUCAGCAGAAGUCAAACUCCCAGUCAGACUCACAUGAUGACGAAAUCUCUCCACCGCCUCCGAACCCCGUGGUCAAAGCCCGGCGCAGAAGAGGAGGAGUCAGCGCUGAAGUGUACACAGAAGAAGAUGCCGUGUCUUAUGUUAGAAAGGUUAUUCCAAAGGACUACAAGACGAUGACUGCCCUGGCAAAAGCCAUCUCCAAAAAUGUACUCUUUGCCCACCUUGACGACAACGAGAGAAGUGAUAUAUUUGAUGCCAUGUUUCCCGUCAAUCACAUUGCUGGAGAGACUGUGAUACUACAAGGUGAUGAAGGUGACAACUUCUACGUCAUAGAUCAAGGAGAAGCUGAUGUCUACGUGAAUGGAGAGUGGGUCACCAGCAUUGGAGAAGGAGGAAGCUUUGGAGAACUUGCCUUAAUCUAUGGAACCCCAAGAGCUGCUACUGUCAAGGCCAAAACGGACCUUAAGUUAUGGGGCAUUGAUCGGGACAGCUAUAGGCGUAUUCUUAUGGGCAGCACCCUGAGGAAGCGGAAGAUGUAUGAAGAAUUCCUGAGCAAAGUCUCCAUUUUGGAAUCCCUUGAUAAAUGGGAGCGUCUGACAGUGGCCGAUGCACUAGAACCUGUUCAGUUUGAAGACGGAGAAAAAAUAGUGGUUCAGGGAGAGCCAGGAGAUGACUUCUUCAUCAUUACUGAGGGCACAGCAUCUGUUCUGCAGCGUAGAUCAGACAAUGAAGAAUAUGUGGAAGUGGGCCGACUGGGACCCUCAGACUACUUUGGUGAGAUAGCAUUGUUACUGAAUCGUCCCAGAGCUGCAACAGUUGUCGCCAGGGGUCCACUUAAAUGUGUCAAGCUGGACCGCCCACGCUUUGAACGAGUCCUUGGACCAUGCUCAGAAAUCCUAAAGAGAAACAUUCAAAGAUACAACAGCUUCAUCAGCCUCACUGUUUAAUAAGUCCAAUUUCAGAUGGCCAUAUUAUAGCCACAUUUUAGCAUCUAUAUUACAAAUGUAAGACCUGGCCCCUCCAUCAGUGGUUUGGUGAACUGAACUUAGAUCACCAUAGGGCUCUAUAGUGAUCUAAGAUGCUAUCGGUAGAAUCAGUCUGGGUCAUGUGGCCAAAAUAUGGAUGCUAAAAUACGGCAUUAUUAUCACUAUCUGAAACUGGCCAAAGGCAAAUGCCAUCUCUGUGUUACCACGUGCACUCAUGUCUGACCUGUGCAGUUCCAUAGCUUUAUAAAAGGAAGUCAUGCAUUUCAACAUGAAUUUUUUAUGGUCAUCAUAUGAUUAGUUUAGUAAUGACACAUACAUACAGCACUCAAUUUGCAGUGUGUUUUGUUACCACAAAUUUUCAGCUUAUGGGUCACUGUCUUUAUAAUCUUAGCUAAAGGAUGAUAAAUAAAAUUCAACUGCAGGGUGACAGAUGCUUUUCAUAUGAACCAAUUAUGGGAUUUCUGUAUCUGGGAUCAGAUGCUUAAAAUCUUAUUUUAACCUUUUAACCUCUAAAGUCAGGGACAAACUUUUCACUAAUAUCUAAGUUUCAUUCUUUUACAUGCAAACAUUUUAUUUUAAUUGACCCAUGCAGUGUACUUAUUCCUUAAAGGGGUACUCCGCCCCUAGACAUCUUAUCCCCUAUGUAAAGGAUAGGGGAUAAGAUGUCAGAUCGCUGUCAGACUGCUGCUGGGGACCCCCCCAGGAUCU